UUCUAACAUAUAUUGAAAAUAUUUCUCCAAGAUUCUCGAAAACUCGAAGAUUUCAAAAUUCUCAAGGUGGGAAAUAUAUAUCCCACUGGGCCUCAAAGGGUUAAAGUUCUCUGAUGAGUGCUGACACCAUACCGAAUAAAACACUUGUUUGUGGUUAUUGUACCACAUACUAUGUGUCUGUGCUUUCAAAAAUAAUGAUCGACAUAUUUUGUUUCUUUUUUCUGCUUGCGAAAAUCUGCAUGUGAUUUAUUUUUUAAUAGAUUUGGCACUUCUAUUCAAAUUAGUCAGCCGAAUACCAAAUGCAACUGAUAAAUUGAAAGAAAUUGUUGAAGUUCACAUCAACCAAAUGGGUAUUGAUGCUAUCAAACAAAUUAGUGAUAUUGCAUUUAACAAUCCAAAAACAUAUGUUGAAACAAUUCUUGAUAUUUAUACGAAAUUCUUCAAACUUGUAAAAGAAGCUUUUAAUAGUGAACAAGGUUUUACUGCUGCUCUUGAUAAAGCUUGUGCUAAAUUUAUUAAUAAUAAUGCAGUAACAACAGCAGCUGGUAAUACAAAAAAAUCACCUGAAUUAUUAGCUCAAUAUUGUAAUGUCCUUCUACGAAAAGGAAAUAUAGCUGGAGAAGAGCCUGAUUUCGAAGAGAAACUCAAUCAAAUUAUGGUGGUUUUUAAUUAUGUUGAAAAUAAAGAUGUAUUUUUAAAAUUUUAUCGCAAAAUGUUUGCCAAACGUUUAGUAGAUCAAUUAUGUGCAUCCGAUGAUUAUGAAGAAUCAAUGAUAUCAAAAUUAAAACUAGCAUGUGGUUUUGAUUAUACAUCGGAAUUACAACAAAUGUUUCAAGAUAUUCGUAUUAGUAAAAGUUUAACUGAUCAAUAUCAAACAUAUUGUGAAAGAAAUAAUUUUCAUGAUAUUGUUGAUUUUUCUGUAAUGGUACUCAAGACAAAUUCAUGGCCAUUUUCUGCGCCACGAAAUUUUGUCCUACCAAUUGAACUUAAAAAACCAUUUGAAAGUUUUACUACAUUCUAUACUCAGCAACAUAAUGGUCGUAAGUUGAUAUUACUUCAUCAACAUUCAAAAGGAGAUUUACAAACAUUGUAUACCGAACAAAAAUAUACUUUACAUGUAUCAACAUAUGAAAUGGUAAUCUUGCUUUUAUUUAAUAAACGUCCAAGUUGGACUGUUGAACGAAUGCAAGAUGAAACACAAAUCGAUGUACAUUUAUUCUGGCAAGUUCUUUGUAAUUUAUUGAAAAGUAAAUUGAUUACAUGCCCAGAAAUUAAUAAUAAUGAACUUGAAGAAGAUUUAAAUGAAAAAAAUGAUAUUAAAAUGAAUUAUAAUAUUCAGAUAGCAAAUAAUUUUAAAAGUAAAAAAGUAAAAAUAAAUUUGAAUGUACCAAUAAAAUCAGUCGAACAAAAAGAUAUCGAAGGUUUAUAUAGAACAAUUGAUAAAGAUCGAAUAGGACUUAUUCGGGCUGCACUUGUUCGAACAAUGAAAUCUCGGCAAACUUUAAAACAUUCAUUACUAAUGCAAGAAGUUAUUCAUCAAUUAAGUUCUCGCUUUAAACUCCAAAUACCUGUGAUUAAAAAAUGUAUUGAAAAAUUAAUUGAAGAAAAAUAUUUUGAACGUCAAUCAAAUGAAAAUGAUAUGCUGAAUUAUUUGGCUUAA